AUGGGCUUGAGGAAGCGUAUUGGCUCGGGUUCGACUGUAAGAAUCACUGAAGACCCCUGGCUUCCUAUUGUAAAUCGUCCUACAUCAGUCCCAAUUACUCAUGUACUCGAGAACUUCAAUGUGAGCAGCCUUUUCCAAGUUGAUUCCAUAGAUUGGGAUGUUGAUGUGGUUCGAGACUUGUUCUCUCCCACUGAUGCAGCUGCAAUUCUUGGCAUCCCAAUUAGUUAUUCUACCCAUGGAGACACCUGGGAAGUUUUGAAGCAAAUGUGGGCUGAGAAGGUGCCUCCUAAGUCUAAGGAUUUCAUUUGGCGUGCGGCCUCUAAAUGCCUAUCCACUAAGACGAAUCUCUGCAUUAAAAAGAGCUUCAUGUACUUGUUCAAUGCACAUUUGCUUGGUCUUGUUGAGAAUUUUCUGGUCUUGCUAUGGCUGGCAUUGUGGUCAGCAAGAAAUGAUAUUGUUUGGAAGCAGCGUAUUCGAAGUGUGAUAGAGGUGGUGAUGUUUGCGAAUUCAACACUUGAUCAAUGGUUAAAGGCUCAAGGAAAGGGGAACAUUCCCUCGUUAUCACCCAUUCAACUGGGUGAUGGUGCGGAGCUAUGGACUAAACCGAUUUCAGGCAUCAAGUUAAAUGUAGACGCAGCCAUCUUCGACCAAGAUCAUAAAUUCGGCUACGGGUGUGUGAUGCGAAACUCUAUGGGUGGCCUUAUUGCAGCGAUUGCUGGCUGUAAAAUAGGGAGAGUUUCCCCGGAGCUAGCAGAGGUUAUGGGAAUUCAGGAAGCCUUGAGUUGGAUCAAGACGAACAACUACUCUCAGGUGGUGAUCGAAGCUGAUAGCCGGCGUUCUGCGAACAGAGCCGCGCAUUUCAUUGCCCGGAACUCUCGUAUCUUAGCUGAACGUAUGUUUCCAAUUAAUUGUGUGCCUAUGGAUUUGAUGUCUAUCCUUAGGAGCGAUUGCUCUUCUUAA